CUAAUGAUAUAAACAAAACGCUCAAAGCGAAAGUAAACAGUCGCUGCUGUGCGCUUAUCAGUGGGAUACCAAAAAUAAUUGCAAGAAUAGUGAUCAUUUUAGCUAAUUUAGUCAUAAAAUAGUUGAAAACCGUAAUUCCCGUCGAGCGGAAACCAUGGACCCGCUCGAGUACAAAGCCCUACACGAGAGCGCCAUGCAGAACAACAAUGGCACCUCAGCGCUGAACGUAUUCCUGCACAUCGUCCCGUCGUAUUUUACCAUCUUCCACACGGUCCAGCUCCUUUCCGUGGCGUCGAUCGCCCACAUUCCCGGCCGGUUCGCCGUGGAGUUUUCACUGGAGGUGUUGCCCUUUCUCCUGAUGGUCACCAUUCUGCACCAGUUGGUGGUUAACAUUGCCGUGACAUUGGCCCUAGUAACCGGGAUUUCCGUCGUGCACCAGAUGAAGAACAAAACCCACCUGACGCCGUUUGUGCAGAUUCCGGGAAGGCGGCCACAGUUCAUGAGUGCCACCCGGGCCCUGAUAAACUUGAUGACGGCCGUUUGCAUCCUGGCGGUGGACUUCCGGAUAUUUCCGCGGGAUUUGGCAAAGACGGAGACGUUCGGGUUUGGGCUGAUGGAUGUUGGGGUGGGAUUGUAUGUCUUUAGCAAUGGAAUCGUGUACAAGGCUGAUCCGGAACGGAAAUUGAAUUUGACCCGGGUGAAGGACGUCCUGGUGGGAUGUCUGCCGCUGUGCGUGCUGGGAGUGGCUCGAUUCUUUGUGACGCAGGAGAUCGAUUAUCAACAGCACGUGUCAGAGUAUGGUGUCCAUUGGAACUUUUUUCUUACCUUGGCGAUCGUGAAAUUCUUCGGAACACUGAUCAUGGACGCUGUAAAGGAACCGGAGAUAGCCAAGUUCAUUGCCAUAACGGUGCUGUGCUGCCACGAGAUGAUGCUGCACCUUGGUGUGUCGCGUUACGUUCUUAACGAGGAAAUAGGACGAGGCAAUUUCUUGGACGCCAAUCGAGAAGGACUGGCAUCGGUUCCAGGGUACGUGGCCUUGUAUCUGGCUUCAACGUACAUCGGCUCAGUUAUGCGACCAUCUGUGGAGAUUCAACCCGUUAAGAAGUUCCUUCGGCAGACGAUUAAGCUGAGCAUCAUUGCUGGAGUCUGCUGGAAGAUGAUCUACGUUUGCGAGGACAUGUUCGGGGUUUCCCGGCGAUUGGCCAACAUGGGAUACGUUUUCUGGAUCCUGUCUAUCGGGUCGACGAUGAGUGUGCUGUUCAUGUUGCUCGAAGUCUACGUUUACUACGUGAGAUUCGAGGAACCGAAAACGCCGGACCAGAUUAUGAAAGGGGAUGAUUUUUGCAUUCCAUACUCUCCGCUCAUACUGAACGCAAUCAACGAGAAUGGGUUGGCGUUCUUUUUGGGAGCCAACCUGUUGACUGGCCUGGUCAAUAUGUUGUUCCAAACGAUGCUACUGGAACCUCCGGCUGCCCUGGUGAUCAACGUUUAUUACAUCUUCAUGCUUUGCGUGGUGGUCGUGUUCAUGUAUGUGAAUAAGAUCAAGUUGAAAGUGUGGUAAGAACGGACCAUGCGGUAAUUGUAAACGUAUUCCCCUCUAGUCAUUAAACUAAAAUCAUUCUUUCGACUGUGUUACAAAAUAUGUAUUUAAUCUAACCAUUAAUUAAGUUACAUUUGUGUUCAAUAUUUGAAAUCACGCAAAAACUUAUGGCAUUUUUUGAGCAAUCUAGACGUGAUUAUUUCGUAAUAAAAUAUGGAAAGUUUCA